GUCUACACCUUCCAGGAAAGGGCCCUAGUUUGUCGUUGGUUUGUUUCCGGAAACGGGGCCCCCGGGAAGGUGGGAUUUAAGGCUGGGAGCCGCCAACAGUAGCUGUCAAUUGGUCAGAAGAGAUGAUUGACAAAUUCAUUGACUAAUGGAAACAAUUGACUCCUGAAAGGGCCCACCUACAGGGGGAGAAGGGAGGUGGCCAGCGGGAGUCACUACUGGACGGUACUCAGGCCGGAGGGCUAUCCGUACUCGGAGCUUACCUUUGACCUCUCCCUGCUCGCCUCCACACUUCAUUUGUGACCCUAGGCUCUUUGGAGCCAGCUAGCCAGACUCCGGACCAUACCAUGUUCCCGGUGAAGGUGAAAGUGGAAAAAUCAGAGUUGGAGAUGGCCAAAGCCCGGAACCAACUGGAUGCUGUUCUGCAGUGUCUUCUGGAGAAGAGUCACAUGGACAGGGAGCGUCUGGAUGAGGAAGUUGGGAAAACCCCCUCUGAUACCCACAACAAGGAUUGCUCCAUCACAGCCACCGGCAAAAGGCCAUCUGCCCGCUUCCCCCACCAGCGGAGGAAGAAGAGGAGGGAGAUGGAUGAUGGGCUGGCUGAGGGAGGGCCUCAGCGAUCCAACACAUAUGUGAUCAAACUGUUUGACCGAAGUGUGGACUUGGCCCAGUUCAGUGAGAACACACCACUGUAUCCAAUCUGCCGAGCUUGGAUGCGCAAUAGCCCCUCGGUGCGCGAGCAUGAACGCUCACCCAGCUCACCACUGCCCCCACUGCCUGAGGAUGAGGAGGCCUGGUUUGGGACUUUGUGUCUCCAGGGUUCUGAGGUCACCAACAAUAAGAGUCAUGAUGUCUACAAGCUGCCUCCACCUACAGCCCCUGGGCCACCUGGAGAUGCCUGCAGACCCCGCAUUCCAUCCCCAUUGCAACCUGAUACCCAGGGCACCCCCGACGACGAGCCCUCGGAACCUGAACCUUCACCCUCCAUACUUAUCUAUCGGAACAUGCAGCGCUGGAAACGCAUCCGACAGAGGUGGAAGGAGGCAUCUCAUCGGAACCAGCUUCGUUACUCAGAAAGCAUGAAGAUUCUCCGGGAGAUGUAUGAUCGACAGUGAUAUUCCCAGGUUCCCCACCCCAAUAAACAUCCCUCAACUUCA